AUGAUGGCUGAGUCAGAAAGUGUAGAGACUUCGUCUGAAAAUGUUGCAGAGGAUGUGAACGACAAAUCAGGUGGAAAAACGAAAAAAAAUAGGAAUGGAGAGAUUGAGCAUAAUAUGAUCACGAAAAACUCUGACGUUGCAACCGAAAUUUAUAGCUUUGAUUUAAUGCGUCACGAAACAGAUGAAACGAUUACUCAUGAUAAAGCUAACACCAUUGAAAUGGCUCGUUCUGCGGAAUUGAAAUCACUUAUUGCUCACUGCAAAAGAUUUCAGAUCCUUUUUUUACAAAAUACUAGUAAUAAUAAAUUUCAGGAUGACGAACUCAGCUUUGAUCGGGUGCAAAUGAUGGAAAAACUUGUGCAAUAUCAGCUUGAACUUGACUAUGUAAAGGAAGAAUUGGUGGAUCCAUUUAAGAAAGCUCGAUCUUUACUAACAGUAAGCGUACGAGGACACAAAUUUUCCUUACAGUCAGCUACCGGCCGAAAUCCAUAUUGCGAAGUCUGUUUAUCGACGAUUUGGCGUUUUCUUCAGUGCUAUUAUCGUUGCAAUUAUUGUGGCCUGAGAUCGCAUGGCAAAUGUGUUCGUAACGUCCUACGGUAUUGUGCUGGUGCUAAAGUUAGCAAUAUUCUCUUCAGGCCGAGAACGGAAAUUUGUAAAGAACGAGGACUAGAUUUUCAAGGCUACAAAUGUGCAGAAUGCCAUCAUUCAUUGCAGUUUGAUAGCGAAGCUGAUAGUGAACCACGGUUGUGCGAUUAUAACGGCCAUUAUUACUGCCCACGUUGUCACUGGAACGAUGAGUGUUUCAUCCCAGCUCGUAUCAUUCAUAACUGGGAUUUUCAUAAAUAUAAGGUUUGCCGAGCUAGCAAGCAAUUACUUGUUGUCAUUGAAAGAAAACCCCUCUUCAAUAUUUGCACACUGAAUCCCGCAAUGGUAAAUCAUAUUGAUCAGCUCGAUCGAAUCAGUCUUUUGCGUCGAAAUAUAUUGCUGAUGAAAAACUAUUUUCUGUGUUGCAAAGAAGCUUGCGAUCAACGGAUAUUGCAAGCCUUGAGACAUCGACAACACUUUGUUGAAAAUUCAGGUAUGUACAGUCUGGUGGAUUUAGUGGAUCUAUAUCAAGGUCGAUUAUUGCCCGAAAUCGAAGUUAUAAUUGGUAUAUUUACCGAACAUAUAACAAAAGAUUGUUCGACGUGUAAAGGAAAAGGAUUUUUUUGCGAGUUAUGUGAUGGUACCGCUACUAUCUUUCCAUUUUCUGAAAAUGUUACUCUCUGUCAUGAUUGUUCAGCUGCAUUUCAUAAAGAAUGCUUCGAAAGAAAUAGUAAGCAUUGUCCGAGGUGUUUACGACGGAAGUCACGCACAUCUUAA